AAAAAACGAACUAGUCUUCUUCUUCUUCUCCUCUCAUUUUUGUUGUAUCGCUUCGUAUUUCUUUGUUUCUAAAACUCAUCACCGUCCAUACAAUUGGCUGAAGAGCCAAAUUUUGGAAAAUAAAUUGAGCAUUUUUUUCAAUUUUGAAGUACAAAAUUAUACGACACGACAUCAAGCAAUUUGUUAAGAAAUAAGAGAACUAUGGAGAUUUUUCAAAAGACAAUUUCUGGUUGGAGGAUUUUGGACCUCAAAUAUUAUUCUGGUCAGCGUUACACAUCAUCAACACCCCCCAAACAAGAAAAAACAUCUGCCUAAUUUUCUUCCCUCCCCAUGUGUUAGCUUACAAAUCUUUUCUUGCCCGCAAUAUUUUACUUGUUUCACUUGGAAGAAAAAAAAAAGCUGUGAAUUUGCCCACCCUUUUCAUCCAAGUACAUGAAUCUUUGACUUGAAUCAUCAUUAAAUCCUCCAACAUUCUUGGACCCUUUACCUUCCUCUGAAAAGGGUCUUCCUCAAUUCCUUGAUUUCUGGUUGCAAACUGCAUAAAGAUUUCUGUUUUAAUUUUGAUCCUUUUGUAUUGGUGAAGGUUUGUGUUGUUUUGUUUUUUGGGGUUAGGAUGGUUGGCUCAUUUUCUGUUGCUGCUUCCUCCAUGACUGAUUUGCAUGCUUGUCCAUGCUUGUGUUUGGAUGUUGUUCCUUCAUGCAAUUUGGGUAGUGGGGAUCUUAAUGUGAGCCGGAGUUUGGUCACUAGGAAAACUGCUGGAGGGUCAUUGGAAUUGAGCAGUUCAUUUCUUGAUUCUGUGAAAGGUCUUUCUUCUUCUGGUGGUAAAAGUUUGAGAGUGCAGAGGAAGAAGAAGAACAGGGGUUUCACGAUUGUGAGUGAAAUUGCUGGACAGUAUGAAGAAGGCUUUGCGGAUGUUAAAACUCAAAUUCUUAAUUAUUUCACAUACAAAGCUGUGAGGACUGUAUUGCAUCAGCUCUAUGAGAUGAACCCUCCACGGUAUAGGUGGUUUUAUAACUACGUUGUCAAUCAUAAGCCAAAUGAAGGGAAGAAAUUCCUCCGCGGCCUUCAAAAGGAGGAGCGAGAACUUGCAGAAAGAGUGAUGAUAACGCGCCUUCACCUCUAUAAAAUAUGGACUAAGAAAUGUGAUCAUGCCGCAAUAUAUCAAGAAAUCUCUGAUCAGAAUCUGGAGUUGAUGCGUGAAAGGCUCAUGGAAACAGUAAUCUGGCCGUCUGAUGAUACAAACACAGAGAAGAUUGGCUGAAUUGAAGAGUUUUUCUGCCUCUUUGGUCUUCUUUCUUAUUGGUCCAAUCCUUGAGCACAUAGGGAAAAUCCCUUUGUAGUAAUUCACCACUUAGGGUUUCAAAGUUGUUAUUAGAUUUUACUUAAUUAUUUUUAUAUUGUAUAUACGAAUUCACAAGCAUUUUAUAGUCUCAUCUUUUUUUUUCUUAUUUCUUUCUUGUUCUUUCGGGAGAAUUUUAUGAAGCGGCUUGUGAAAUCCAUUAGACAGUGCUUGUUGAGAAACAUUAUAGUUUAUGCAGAAGGAUUCCCCAUUUCCAUCUCUGUAGUUGGAAGAAUACGUCCGAAAAUUUGAGUUCUGAUUGUUGAACCGAAGUGCCA